AUGUCUAAAGGAAAACGUCGCCGUCGCCACUGCCAUGAAAAGCCGGUCCAGCAAACCCAGUCACCGGCACGCUCUUCAGCAUCAUCCCCAGCCAAGGAGAAAGGCCGACGUUGUGAUAUCCAGCAGAAUAUCACGAAGAGGCAGAAAGCCAAGAAUCGGUUGCCAUCAUCCUCGCAAGUGUGCAAAAAAUAUGGAUUAAAUUCGGAAUCACCACAGGCGGGGUCGUCCGAUCCUCCGGUCACAGACCAUGAGCGAACCAGCUCAGGUUCCUUUAAGAGCUCCCAAGUCAAGGUUCAGGAGCCAGGGUCAUCACGCAAGCGUUCAUUGUCGUCACUGCAGCGUGCGCCUCCACGUAAAGUGGAAAUAGUGUAUGAGUCUGACUUUGAGUUCGAAUAUAAAAAUGAGGCUCAGGCCAAGGCGCAAUUGCAGGCACUAUUAGCUUUACGAUCACCUCCAUCGUCACCGCAAAGGGUUCUGAGCCUCAAAAGGACAGUACCUGUCUCUGAUCGUGAAUAUGGGAACCAGACCCGUGAAGUAUCAUCAUCAUUAGAUGAAGAUUCGGAGUCUGAAAGAAGACGCUGCCCAACCUCACCAUCGUAUCCAUCUUCCUCGCCACUCCAAAUGGUCGUAAGUCCCAAAAGUCCCACGGCAGUCUCUGACUAUGGAUAUGGAAACGAAACCACUGAGGUAUCAUCAUCAGAUGAAGACUCGGAAUCUGGAAAAGGACGCGAGCUGGUCUCGCCAUCACGAUCACUUCCCUCAUCAUUGCAAAGGGCUGUGGGCCUCGCAAAUUCCAUGCCACUCCCUAAUCAUGACCGACGGAACACAUUUUGUGUGGCAUCGUCGUCAAGUUCACUGUCAGAGUCACAGUUAGUCUUUACAUCUGAAUCGGAAGGGGAAUCAGCCCUGCCAUCACCAGCAUCGCCAACAUUGCCAAAAUUGCCGGAAAGAGUGAUGAGCCACAAGACCACAAUAGCUUCCCAUCCUGAUUAUGGGCAGCAGACCCGCGAGUCAUCGACAUCGGACACUGACGAUGAGUCUGAAACUGCAUCUGAAGCAGGACUGAGCUCAGAGCUGGAACUGUCCUUGUCAUCGCCCUCACCAUGCGAGAUAAGCAAGAUGAAAACCCUAAAACGAAACAGAUCAAACGCCCACCAUGCGUCUCACCGCAAGGCAGUACCAUUUCCACUCCCCUCAUCACCGGAGCCUCUGCCCGAAGUUGAAUCCGGACCUAUGUUGCCAUCAGAAUGCGACUGGUCUAUCCUGUCAUCGUUAGAUAGGCUCAUAAAUUCGGAACCAGCUAUACAAAACUUCAGAAGUGAGCACUGGCGCAAAGCAUGCGGGAAGAAAAGGCGGUCAUUUCCAACCUCAUCUCGAUUGAAUUCAGAAAUAGGACUUGAGACUCCAUCAAAAUCAGUAGCUGAAACGGAAUGGCAACCAACAGAAUCUGGAACUGAAUCUCGAUAUCCAUCUCCAACUCAGGCAACAAUAACACCAGCGUCAUCUCCACCCGUACCUCCAGCUGUUUUACGAGUUCGAUCUCAAGCUGUUCCUCCAUUUCUCCCACCUCAACGCUGGUUACCGAGACUCGAACGGCCAAAUCAGGAAUCAUCAUUAAUCCCAACCGUCUGGGCCUCGCGCCUCCGAUAUAGACGCGACAUCAAUCCUCCUGACGUCCCUCUCAUGAUAGACGGCAAGAGAUUCCCAAGGCUUUUCGCCGAGAUUCCACCUGGCGGUCACGAGAAUAUCGAGUUCAUAUUCCCGGAUAACCCCGAUGACGACCCUGAUUUUCAUGAUUCAGAGUCUGAUGAUCCCGAUUCGGAGCUUCCAGAAGCUAAACGGCGUAGAACAGAAUUGUCUGCGAACUUGCCACAUCCAGAGGAAUUGACACAACGAGAGGGGUCACAUCCAGACGCCCAAGAGGCAUCAAACCCCGAACAAUCGCCAGUACCCGAGUCAGAGCCUGAGCAAUUCCUGGAUCUCGUGUCAUUUUUCGACCUUGCGACAUGGUCGAAUCCCCAGUCAUUGCCCAACAUCGAAAGCCCAGCAGAUCCCGAGAUAUCAUCGGCUCCCGAGCCAGUGCCGGAGCUCGAAAUAUCAUCAAACCCCGAGAGGCCAUCGGAUCCCGAGAUCGAAAACCCACUCGCCCCUAUCAGGAAUAAGCUACAGGUAUGGCAAAUCAGGCAGCUUGAUAAGCAGAUCGACAAGGCAGUUGAAAUGGAUAAGGAACAAAAUCCUCAGCACUGGGGUGGUUCAUGGAUGAAAGAAUAUGAGAGAGGCGGACAGAUAAAGGUUCAGAUUGAGGCCGCGUAUGAGCAAGAUAUGAAAAAGAAGAAAGAAGAGAUGGAAAGGGAUAAACAGAGAAGACGCGAGAGGAAUAGAAAACUGAAGGAGGGAAGGGAGAAAGCGAAAAAAGCAAUGGAAGAGCGAAAGAUGCGAGAGGAGAAAGAGGCACAGAAGAGAAUGCAGGAGGAACAGAAGAGGCGGCAGAAAAAGGAGAGCCAAGAUAGGGAAGAGUUGGAACGACGGAGGGCGAGGGCAAGGGCAGAGGAAGAGCCGAAAGACGCGUUAUCGAUGUUGCGCGAGAUGCUAGACGAGGAAAAGAGGACUGCAAGUCCUCACACUCGGUCUGAAUUUAAAGGGAAUCAGAGUAUUGCACGACGGGAGGCGUUACAGAAAGCUAUGGAUGCACUCAAGACGCUGGAGCAAGAGAAAGAAAGGGAAAAGGAAAGACAAAGAGAAGAUAGAGAGGAUUUCUAA